GGCUAGACAGUUUCUACAACUCCUCUUUGUACUACCACACACUCAUUUAUUCUACACUCGCUUAUACCCAUAACUACCCCACGUUCUGUCCUCGAACAUGCCUUCUCUCUUUCUCUGUCUUGCAUAUGCUGGCGGUGGUGUUUUCCUUCUCCUGGUCGCAACUACUCUUCUCUGGACAAGCGCGAUGUUCCUCUGUAGGUGGGUAGGCAAAGUCGCCAAAGCUAGACGUUUGCGGAAGACGAAUGUAGAUAUGGAGGCUAACUGCAAUAUAACCCCUCUCAUUCUUCAACCAAGGCGACCAACUCCUCGUUUUGCCCCUCAUCCACCUCGAUGCUCAUGUCCUGUACAUGUUUCUAGCCACCUCGACCGUAACCUGCAUGUAAAACAGCCUACAGACCUCGAAAUCUCGCCUCAGAAGUACAGGAACAAUGACACCCACACCUCGUCCACAUCGCCAACGUCAACCUUCCCAUUAUCGGACGAUAACAUCUCUGGCUGUACCGGUGGUUUUAUAACUCUGUGUAAAUCCCGAAAGAACUGUCCUCCCCCUGAACGAAAGUGUGAACACACGCAGUCUCCGUUUAUUAACAGCACAAACCCUUGCCACGAGCCCUCGCAUCUCGACUCGAAAUCUGAUGCCAGCUACGACGUGCCAAAAGCUUUAUCGGUUGCUCACAGUACCAUUAUACAACCGCGAACCAAGAUAAAUUCUUCCGAAGAAAAGGAUUUUCAGAAGAACUCUUCUAGCGUACCCCCCAUUCUGUGGGCAUUAUUUUCUCCCAGUAACAUUGGACUUGUUCUCGCGAGUGGACUCUUGGCAAAGUUUAGCGGCGAAAGGAAGAAAGAGGAUGAAUGUGCAGAAGACAUCAAUUCUUUACAUCGCAUUGCUGAUGCUUUUGGAGCACGUCACAGCUCCCAAACCUCUCGUACGGCUCGGUACCGCCAUUCUCUUGCUCGAGGCUCUAGGAUUUCUGGGAUGAGAUAUGAAGGUGGAUAUAAACAAGGACUGCAUACGGUCGCAUAUAGAUGUCAUCUCCUGAAGACUGCAAGAAGUUCUAUUCAAGAAGUCUCUGCAUCUCGAGCAUCUGUUGUUCCUGUCGUUACGACCCCGGUCCCGACCCCCCCGGAGCCCUCCCUCAUCGUGACCGUGAUUCCGCGUAAUCCUCUCGAACAUGACCCUACUGCACCUCCUGGUCUUGAUUUACCGCCACCCAAAGUCAUCACAAGAGGCCAUGUUAGGGGAAGUCAAGAAAAUUUAUUGCCACCGUACCAAGUUGGCCUUUCAGGGAAGAUGAGUAUACUGAACAAGAUGGUUGAUGAAGGCAUCGCUGGGGAGAACAAAAGACGACGAGAAAUCUUGGGACUCAAGGUCAUGAAUCAGUAGAAACCAUCCAGCUCUGCAAGAAUGUUAGACUGGGAUAAUUGAGGUAGACGGACUCUCCCCCGCUUGAACUAUAUCCGUACGUAUCUGUCCUUGUCAUUCCUUUCGCGUUACGCUCC